AUGGGCUUUCCAGGGGGCACAACUGCCCUCCUCAGCCUGAGUCUGACCCUGCUUCUCUGCAGCCAGGCUCCAGGGGUCCAGGGCCAAGAAUUCCAGUUCGGACCCUGCCGAGUGGAGGGCGUAGUCCUCCAGGAACUCUGGGAGGCCUUCUGGGCCGUGAAGGACAUUGUGCAAGCUAAGGAUAACAUCACGAGUGUCCGGCUGCUACGGAAGGAGAUUCUGCAGAACGUUUCGGACGUCGAGAGCUGUUACCUCAUCCGUGCCCUGCUGAAGUUUUACCUGAAUACCAUUUUCAAAAGCUAUCUGGGUAAGGCAGCUGACUCCAGGAUCCGGAAGUCAUUCUCAACUCUGGCCAACAACUUUUUUGUCAUCGCCUCAAAACUGCAACCCAGUCAGGAAAACGACAUGUUUUCUAUCAGUGAGAGCGCACGCCGGCGGUUUCUACUGUUCCAGAGAGCAUUUAAACAGUUGGACAUCCAAUCAGCCCAGACCAAAGCCUUUGGAGAAGUGGACAUUCUCUUGACCUGGAUGGAGAAAUUCUACCAGUUCUGAAUGCCAACACCAGGAUACCCUCCUUGUUCUCCAUGUCAUUUUGAAUGUGCCAUAUCCCUUCCAGUGGUGUUCUCUGAACACUUCACCCCUUUGACGAUGGAUAUCAUUCUUGGCCAGGCUUAUCCUCAAAGACUUCUUUCUUGAAGUGACCCCAAAGACAGUCAUGGAAGGUUCUCUUGGAUGCUGUGAAUAAUCUACAAAGUAGAUUUCUAUAUUUAUUACAACCCUAUUUAAUUUCUAUCAGUGUUUUAAUCGAUGCUGUAUUUAUUCAUCAGACUGUAAGUUCUGUUUUGGCAG